AUGGGCAUCUUUUGGCCUUCUGUUGGAUUCCAUGUCUUCACAGUAUUGUACAUCCAACAAGGACUUUCUUCUCAAGCCAAAUUUACUGAAUUCCCUCAGAAUGUCACAGCCACUGAGGGGCAGAAUGUGGAGAUGUCUUGUGCAUUCCAGAGUGGCUCUGCCUCAGUGUACCUGGAAAUCCAGUGGUGGUUUCUGAGGGCAACUGAGGACCAAGAAGCUGGAUCUGAGGUGAUGGAUGCUCAGGUGGAGCUAUCACCAGAGAGGGACUUGGAUAAUGAUGGAACAAAGAUAAGUACAGUGAAAGUACAGGGGAAUGAUAUUUCCCACAAGCUGCAGAUCUCCAAAGUCAGGAGAAAGGAUGAAGGAUUGUAUGAGUGCAGAGUGAUGGAUGCCAAUUUCGGAGAACUUCAAGAAUACAAAGUCCAAGCUUAUCUCAAAGUGAAUGCAAACAGCCACUCCCGAAGAAUGCAGGCUUUUGAAGCUUCCCCAAUGUGGCUGCAGGAUAAACCUCGCAAGAAUAUCUCCGCUGCCAUCUCUAACAGCAUCCAUAAUUCUGCCAGUCAAAGUCCCACUUCUAAUCCUCCAGUAGAUGCCAAAAUCCCUAAGCAAAGCCCACAAUCAGCAAAGAGAAAAUCGCCUGUAAAAUCUACGGAGCGGACAGCAAAGCUGACCCUAACUUCCAACCACCACCCUGCACCCAAUGUACUCUAA